ACACUCACAACUAGGGGGAAACUGUGCUCCAUGACGUUACACACCUGACGGUGUGUUGAGAAACAAGAUUCGGUCAUCAGAAUGAAAAAUCUCAUCUUUACAGCUGCUGGACUACUGCUUCUGGUGCCUUCUUUUUGUCAAAGUGGCAUGAAAGAUGACGCCAACUUGGCAAUACCAACUUUACCCAUUAAGACCUUCCGUGGCGCUCCCUUAAAUUCUUUUGAAGCAUUCCCCCAUUCUGCCAUAGAAGGCUGGACAGCAGACACCCUACCUGUAAAAAUUAAGUGCCCUGAAGAAAGUAUUUCAAAUCUCCUUGUGAAUAAUGCCACCUUGGGGUACCUGAGCAGCCCCCUGAGUACCAAGCUGAUACCCGCCGUCUACAUCGUGGUGUUUGUGGUUGGUGUGCCAGCCAACGCCAUGACCCUGUGGAUGCUCUUCUUCAGGACCAGAUCUGUCUGUACAACUAUCUUCUACACCAAUCUGGCCAUUGCAGAUUUUCUUUUGUGUGUCACGUUGCCCUUUAAGAUAGCUUACCAUCUCAACGGGAACAACUGGGUGUUUGGAGAGGUCAUGUGUCGGGCCACCACCGUCAUCUUCUAUGGCAACAUGUACUGCUCCAUUAUGCUCCUCACCUGCAUCAGUGUCGGCCGCUACCUGGCCAUUGUCCAUCCUUUCACUUACCGGGGGCUGCCCCAGCGCACCUAUGCCUUGUCAACAUGUGCAUUGGUGUGGGCGACGGUUUUCUUGUAUAUGCUGCCAUUUGUCAUCCUGAGGCAGGAGUAUUACCUUGUCCAGCCGGAUAUCACCACCUGCCACGAUGUCCACAACACAUGCGAGACCUCGUCUCCCUUCCAACUCUACUACUUCACCUCUUUAGCGCUCUUUGGGUUCUUGAUUCCAUUCGUGGUUAUUAUUUACUGCUACACAGCCAUCAUCCGGACACUCCACGCACACGAUGAUAGGUGGCUGUGGUACGUCAAGGCAAGUCUCCUCGUCCUUGCCAUUUUUACUGUGUGCUUUGCUCCAAGCAACAUUAUACUUAUCAUUCACCAUGCCAGCUACUACUACCACAGUACCGAUGGGUUAUACUUUACCUACCUCAUAGCUUUGUGCCUAGGUAGCCUGAAUAGUUGCUUAGAUCCAUUCCUUUAUUUUCUAAUGUCAAAAAUCACAGAUCACUCCACCGCCUACCUUACAACAGUGAAAUCAUCUUAGAGAACAAAGAAAGCUAUCUGUGAAGACAUUCGUUUUGGGAUGACGCGCAUAGUGCAAGGUGCUGUAUUCUCUAACACUAUUUUUUGGGCUCCUAAGAAAUAGUGCUUCAAAAAUCAAGCAUAACAAGAAUACAACUCAUUGUUUAUUUUUAAACAUUUGAUCAGGAUUUUAAGAAAGUAAUGCAGAAGACAAGAUAUCACUCCUUUCUUUAUGCCAACUGACACAAUCCCAUCCACUUCAGCUCUUUAAAUCUCUGUCUUCCUAACGUUGAGUGGUACUGACAUCCUUGAAUUUUGACAUUCAAGUUGAUCCUUCUAUCUUCUCUGCCUCUCACGCUGGUGACUGCCCCAUCAGCUCACUUUGUCUUUUUUACUGUCCCUCAUCAGGGUCCUUUAUACCAGGCCUACUUUUGUCCCCUCAGUCUCUUUCUUUCUUUUUUUUUUUUUUUUGAGAUGAGAGUCUUACUAUGUUGCCCUUGGUAGAGUGCCAUGGUGUCACAGCUCACAGCAACCUCAAACUCUUGGGUUUAAGUGAUUCUCUUGCCUCAGCCUCCCAAGUAGCUGGGACUACAGACACCCGCCACAACACCCAGCUAUUUUUUUUGUUGUUGUUGUUACAGUUGUCAUUGUUGUUUAGCUAGCCCGGGCUGGGUUCAAACUCACCACCCUCGGUGUAUGUGGCCGGCGCCCUCCUCACUGGGCUAUGGGCACUGCCCCGCUCAGUGUCUUUCCUGCCAGCCUGCCCUCCAGCUCUGGGUCAUGCCAGAUUCAUCUUCUUCAGAUAAUAGUCGGAAUACAUCACUCAGAAACCUCUGCUGACUCUCCACUGCUUCUGCAAUGAAUUGUAAACUUAAGCCUGGCAUUUAGAUCUGCCUUUCUAACCUGACUCCCCAGUAAACUCUGACCGUAAUGUAGGUACCAAACAUACCUGUUGCUUUGCUAUGAUUUUGACUUUUUCUCUCUUCACUCUUUUCUCUGACUGGAAGGCUAGUUCUUAAAAUCUUUGUUUUAAUUCUGGCCAUUUCAAAGUCCUCAAAGGACCAGUCUUCCCUGGGUCUCAGGCCAGCAGUGUCACCUGGCUUAUUUCAAUUCCCAAAGCACUUUCUUAUAUUUUUUAUUAUGGCAGCUAUAUAUAACUCAUUUAUACACAGGUAUUAAUUCCACGAACAAUUAACACUACAUAUAAAGGAAAAGGUGCUCAUCCUCACUGUUCCAUGAGGUUCUUGAAUCCCAGACACAAGGCUCUGCGGGGCUCAGCUUCAUGCUUUACAUAUCAGGUAGUUGAAUGACUUUCACCCUUCAUGUAACUAUACACAUACUAUAAAGAGGCUUCAUGUGCAAAUUAGAAAAAUCCCAAAGCAUCUAAACACCUUGAAAUCCCAUUAAAUUCACGCUGAAAAGGCAAUAUACUCUGUACAACAUGGGAUAACAUCAUUCCUGGUUAGACAAAUAAAAAAAUGAGGAAGCUAAACAAAGAAUAUACACAUAAGGUCAUUUAGAAGUUUAAAAUAAUGCCUCUAC